UUGCUAAUUACGAUUUAACUGGAUUUAACCACUAGAUUAAAUCGGUUGGACGGUUUAUUUAAUUCAUUAACUGAUCUUGUUUAUUUGUCAUCUGCUAGAAUGUGUUAUUCGUUUGUUGCCGUAUUUGCACGUAGCGUUUGUUUUUUGUCCAUUUUUGAUUGUAAAGAAGAGGUUUUUAGAAAAAAAACUAUUCAAAAUGCUGCAUCCUAGUGAAUUGAAUAUAAUUGUUUACGCUGCCAGAAAUUUGAAAUCAAAGAAAAAAGAAGCAGGUGUUUGUAGUGCUUCAGUCGUUUUUGGAGUCGGUAAAGACAAAUAUCGCACUGAAAUUGUGAAAGGAGAGAACCCUUCUUGGAAUGAGGAAGGCUAUCAAAGUCGGCCAUUCAAACGCUUCCCUUACUCCUGCAGAGGGCGACGUGAAUCAAUUGCUUCAGCGUCAACUAGUGUCCGUGGCUCUACCUCAACGCUUGAUUUGAGUUCUAAAGCUUUAGAAAAUGAAAAAAAUCAGUCUCCUGCUCCUCCUACACCAAGCAAAGCUGUGAGUAACUCGAACCUUACAAUACCCCCACCACCACCUCCCGAUACACCCAAUGUCCCUGCAUGUGGAAGCUUACCAGUCCCUCAGGUGAUGACGCGUUCGCUCGGUGCUGUUAUGUCAAUGAAAGGGGCACCUGAGAUCACUGGUAUCUCACCAAGAUUCGGACCAUCCUGUGGCGGUACGAAGAUCACAAUUCGCGGAUGUAGUCUAGGCUGUAGUGCGGAUGAUUUCCUAGAAUUUACAAUAUGUUCCAUUGAUCAUCUCGAAGUCCUCGAGUACCAUUCACCAGCUAAAAUAGUUUGUCUCACUCAACCGUGGACGGGAAAAACCAAAUCCGGAUCAAUUGUUCUUAUGACGAAAUCCGGUGGACGGGGCUCUACAUUACAGUUUGAGUUUGAAGGAAAUCCUUUACAGCCAAAGCAAAAUUCUUCGACUCAAGGUAAAAUCUCCCAGUCAACGGCGGUGGAAAUAUUUUACGUUAACUAUGGUUUUGUAAAUGAAUUAAAUUCAGUCAAUUUUUUUGUCUUAUUUCGUCAAAGAAAAUCUUCAAGUGAGGAUCCGAGGCAAGUGACGAGUGGACAAGAAAAGUCAGACUCUCCUUUGUUCAUGAUGUCGUGUUUUAUUUUCUUUUUAGAGUUGGAAAAUGAAAAUCGAUGCUUGAAAAAUUACAUUGACAAAAUUUUGGUCGUUUUAAUGGAGAGAUAUCCGGGAGUUCUUGAAAUAACCAAGUAAUCGAAUUUUUCGAUUACAAUCGACUAUAUUUGUUCAAUAGCGAAUGCCGCCGAAUGCAAACGAAAGAGCCUGCUAUACCAAGCUUUCGUCCUUUGCGGUGUUUUACGUGAUAUGUCAAAUACUUCAUGUUCUAUUAGUUGAAACAAAAUAGAAUGAACUUGUACAGACUAAAGCAGAAACAAAAUCUUGUCUAAAAUGUUCAGUUUAAUUUGGUUGAGCAAACAUUUCGUUACAAAACUUUAUACUGACUUGAUUGCCGUACUGUCAUGGACCAGCAAGACGUUUCAUCACAACAAUUUCAGUUAAAUCAAACCAAGAAUUUCAAACUAGCAUUAGCUAUCUGAAGGAUGAAAAUCAAGGCAAAGUGAGUGCUUCAGAGAAAGAUUAUCCUUCUUGGCUGUGGCAAUUGACAUAUAAAAAGUAUUCAUUGGAUGAACUUGAUGAACAAAACAAAAUAUAUCAUCGAAUUCAAAGAAAGAUGAAAUUAAGAAAUGAGAAUGAAAGAAGGAAAAUGAAAAGAUUUUAAUAACUUUUAUGAUUACUUGUUUAUAUGUUCUAGGUGUUCUGAUAUCAUUAAAAUUAUAUUUUGGCUCAGCCGUCGUA